CCGCUGUUAGUGGUUGUAUUGCGUUAUUUUCUGCCAGCUGAGGCUUGCGCGCUCCUGUAUUGAUCCUGAUGCUGCUGACGCGCAGCUGUCAGAUCCUCUCUGCUCCAAUCAGCUGGCCCUCUGACUCUGUCGUACGAUGCUCCGAUCACGGUGCCUUGUUUUCAUCAUUUCUUAGCUCCAUCCAGCGGCUCCGCGCUUCAGUCGGAGGGUGAGCAGGACCGGAGGCAUCCUGGGAAGGAGACUGCGCGCAUCACACGCUCUCCCGUCAUAGGCCGAAUGAAUCCCCAUCAGUGACCGACGCUCCGAUCUCCGCGAGGCUCGACGCGGAUGUGGCGGGGAGGAGCGGCUUGGUCGGAGGACGGAUGGGGCCGUGCAGACUCGCAGCCUCUCUCUCCUCCAAAUGAACGGCGUCACAUGCUUCGGCGCAGCGCCUCGUCGCUUCAGAUGAGACGUGUUUUGGUGAAUGCCGCAGCCUGCAGGAUUUGGAGCAGCGCCGGGGAGCAGCAUGCCCGCCGCAUCACAGGACGUUUUAUUACGCGUCGGUGCCAUCUUCUCUUAAAUCAGCCUGGUGAGCAUCACUUUAAAGACUCCUGCGGCCAUGGGUGAGGAAAGCCGCCUCUCUCAGCAGAUCCAGAGCGUGGAGAGGAGCGUGGUGUUCCUCAGGCAGGAGCACCUCACUUUGCUCCAUGGCCUCCACCUGGAGAUCCUCUCCCUGCAGAAACGCUGCUCAGAGCUGACAAGUGAGCUGAAGUCAAAGCCUCCUGGCAGGACCCAGAUAGAACUACUGGAGGAGGAGGAGAUGCUGGAGGCCCGCUAUAAGGAGCUGGAAACCCGUCUGGAAGAGCAGGAGUACACGCUGGGAGAGCUUCGAAAGGAGCUGGGCCACAAAGGGGCUUUGGUGGGAGCCCUCAGAGGCAAUCUCAAGGAGAAGGAGCGUCACUUCCUGGACGAGCUUAAACGCCGCAGCCACUGUUCCACCGUCCUGAACACGGAGCUUCAGAAGCAAACCGAGGCAGCGGCGUACCUCUCCUUCCAGCUGCACGCCGCCAAGCAGAAGCUGCACCACCAGAGGAUGCAGCAGCGGCAGGGACUCCUCUCCAGAGCCGGCAGUCAGGGGGUCCAGCAUGGUGCCGAGCAGAGUCCCCCCCUCCCUGGAGCCUCCCCGUCCUCUCCUGUGGUCAAACCCAAGCAGCGUAAGAGCGUCAGGGCGUCUUCGCGGGCGGAGCGCGCCCGCGAGUGUGUCCCCACGGAGAAAGUGCUGGGCCCCGCGGAGCCCACGGCCAUGCCGGACCCGGCGCUCUUCCUGCAGCCUCGCAGGCACCGGGCGCGCUCCAGACACACUGUGGCACAAAGACAGCCUCCUCUAGGCCUGGAGAGAGAAGAGGAGGAGGAAGGAGGAGGCGGGGAGGGGCCGGUGGAGGUCCGCGAUGAAGCUCCCAGACUGAUGUCUUCGGCGGCAGCGACCCCUGCUGCUCAGACCAACGCAGAUUAGUGUCUGAUCAUUUCUGCUUUUGACUACAGAGGGAUCACUGUAUCUUAUCUUCUGGUUUUAGCUAUUACGUCUCCUGCAAAUACUUUUCUAAUAUCUACUUUGAUAUAACCUUGCAUAGCAAAUGUCAGUCGGUGUCAGAAAUUAUAGGUUUACACUGCUGUUGGAUGCUCUGCGUACUGUGGAGCCUUAUUUUUUAAAGCUUUGGUUUGUAAAGAGUGUUUUUGACCUUGGCCCAGCUGUGCGACCCAAUCAACUGAGAUCUUCCAAGGCCGACUAUAAAUCAGGCUCCUUGCCCGAGUGUUUGUGUGUCCUCCGACUGAGUCACAGCUGAAAAUACCGAAGUGGGAGCAGAGCGCGUAUGACCGGUUAUCCAUCUCUCACCCUCGCCAUAAAGAGAAGAUAGCAGAUCAAAAAUGACGCUGUAUAUUUCUUUCAGAGUUUUAUGUGAAAACCAGUAUAUUGGGUUCCACCUUAGAAUUUGAGAGGCCUUUCCAGGACACUUUACGUCAGAGGCAAUUUUUGCAAUCCUGUUUUCAGAGUACCGAUAACUUGAAAUAGCUCAAAAGUGAAAUGUUUAAACUGAGAGGUGUUGACGUAAACUUGUUUUGAAACUGACGCAGCGACACAUUUAAAAACGCAAAUGUUACUGAAAGGGGAAUACAGCGUCCGUUUUACAACGUUUUUCUUUUCAAUUCAGUUCAGGCUUGCAUCUCUUGAUAAUUAUAUUAAAUUUCCAAGUAUCAGGUUAAAAAAAAGGUAGGAAGAAAAAAAUGAAAUUGCAGUUGCCGAAGAGUAACGACGUCGCAUAAGGAACGCUGAACUUUGAGAUUGCUGUGUAACACCAUGGUCACCCAAGAUGAAAGCAGGCAUAGCAAAGUUUUCAGUUCAUGUAAUGACAUCAGAGUUAAAGGUUGUCCGAAUUCGGAGUUCUUAGUGCUGACCCCAUGAAAGAGAGGAACAGGAACUAGAAGCUAUUAUUAAGGUAUUCGGAUGGAGACGUUGUGUCCACACGUCUCAUUUCCGGAACGUAUGUGUGUCAAGCAUGAACCAACCUUCUUUAUUUAUAAAAUGAACACUGUUUUAGACCAACAGUUUUACAAAAGAGGAAAAAAAUAGGUGUAUACUAUAUAUAUAUAUAUAUAUAUAUA